UAUUAACCGGACGUUCUAUUUAUUUCGUGUGUUGUAAAGCUGUAACGCAAUUUGCUUCGACAGAAAGUAGGGCGAUUUUGGGGUCUCUAGAAACAACAACAACGAAAAAAAACGACCGAAUUGACGCAAAAUAGAAAUUUUCCAAAAAUAACAACAUUUAGGAAAUUAAAGAUCUGUGCAGCGAUGAAAAAUGGAGCCAAUCUACGAUGUAGAGGAAUCACAAACGUUUCAUCGGAAACGCACAGUCUCGGAAGUUUCAUAUUCAGCGCGAAUGCUCAAUGAUUACAUCAAAUGUGUUGUCAUCGGUGAUUCGGGAGUGGGAAAGACAUGUCUGAUUUCGUCAUGGGCUUGCAAUACAUCGUACAGCCUGGAACAGUUGGUGAAGACACAUGUUUCAACCGUCUGGGCUCAUGACCACUACAGAAAGGACGCUAAUAUCUUGAAUGGGUCUAUGGUGCAGAUUGAUGGAGGCUAUGUAGCAUUAAGACUGUGGGAUACUUUUGGUUACCACGAUAAAGACAGGAGCUUUGCCUACAGAGGGGCGGAUGUCAUUUUGCUGUGCUUCAGCGUUGCUAAGGCUCAGUCCCUAAUCAACCUGAAGAAAAUAUGGCUUCCAGAGAUCCGUCGUCUAGCGCCAACCACGCCCAUCGUCAUCGUGGGUUGCCAGGCAGACCUGCGAUACCUGUACAGGGAGGAGAGAUACAAGAGGGUGCAGAAGGGGCUUAUAUACAAGGUUGUAACAGAAAAUGACAUACUCAUACCUGAUCAAGGUCGCAAGAUUGCCAAGGACAUUGGAGUGCCCUACUAUGAGUGUAGUGCAUACACAACGUACGGAAUCGAAGACGUCUUCCUGAACGUAAUUAGGGUGGCCAUUAUCGAAAAACGAAAACUCCGCUUUUUCAGCUCCCUACUGCCACAUAUGCAGUACCCACAGUUGCAGGCCCCCAUGAGGCCCCCACCAUUACAGAUGCCAAAAGUUGAGAUUCCUGUUGAAACCUUGCACCAGGAGUUAAGCUCCUCGCUUUUAAAUGGAUCGGAUGGUGAUGUUGUGUUUGUGGUUCAUGGGCAGUGCUUUUAUGCACAUCAGAUUUGUCUUGCCAUAAGUGCACAAGUUUUUGAAGACUUAUUUAUUGCACAGGAUUUCGUUCGAAUGGAAAAUGUACCUAGUGCACUGAAGCGGUCUAGGUCUAGUCAAAGUUAUGACAUGAUGUAUUUGAACUCUUCAAACAGUGUGUGCGGGAUUUCAAAUUCAUGUUUUGAAGCUGAGGACAUACAAAACAAAAAUUUCAUUGUAAACUUUGCUAAGAAAACUAAUUGUCCAUUUUUGAAGGUGGAAAUGAAUCAGUCUGUAGAAAAUCAACUAAAACCUGGUAAAAUCAGCCAUUAUACUGUUGUGACUAUGAGGAAUGAGAUUACCGAAAGAGCUUUUCAAAUAAUUCUAGAUUUCUUGUAUGCUGGAAUCAUUCCUUCUGACCCAGACAGCUUUCCUGAAGUUUGUGUUGCUUGUGGCUUUUUACAGCUUUCAUACCUGACUAUUGCUAUCUCCAAUGUCAAGGAAAAUGAGGAGUAUUUAAAUUUGGAGGUCAUGAAAAAAUUUCAGGAGCAGCGCACGCAUAAACUGAGAGAACUAGCUGUGAGAUGGGAAAGGCUGACAGAUGUUCGGUUCUUGCUGGAUGAUGGGGCAGUCAGAGCACACAAACCCCUCUUAAUGGGCCGCUGUGAGAUGAUGUACGCCAUGUUUAAUGCCAACUUCAUAGAAGCAGAUGCAGAUUCAAUCUUCCUACCCGGUUUAUCAUGCGAUGUUUUCCGUGCCCUCCGAGAGUACCUGUACACGGGCAGCUGUCCUGCAGGUGCAACCUUGAACUGUCUCGGCAUCAUUGAGGCUGCCAACAGGUUCUGUAUCCCUCGUCUGGUUGCCAUGGUUGAGGGUGCCGUAGUGUCAGACCUCACAGAGGCUGACAAGGAAGGGGAGGACAUCAUUGAAGAUGUGCUCAGACUGCUCGAACCUGCACAGCUACAUAAUGCCAGUCAGCUCGCGGACUGGUGCAAAACAUACCUGUGUAACCAAUUCCUGGCCAUCCGCCAGAAAUACAUGAAACCCUUCCUCAAACUGUCCCCAGAGAACAUCAGGUUCAUUGAGAGGAACAGAUGGCCACCUGAAUGGUACCUUAAAGAAGAGAAGCGAUACUACGAGGGCAUGCAGACGCAGGCAAAAUCUAGGCAGUCAAAGCGUAAGGGGCAGUUGAAGCAUCAGUUCUUUGGGUUUGACCAGUCUUCUAGUGGUUGUCUGUGCUUUUGUAGUAACAGCAAAAGAGCUGUUGAAGAACGAGAAAAGGAUGGCUUUGAUUGGUCUGAAGAAGAGAUCAACUGAUGAGAGGAGUCAUUUGAUUAGUCAGAAGAUGUGUAUUUAAAAGAGGAGUUGUUUCAUUCGUCAGAAAUUAAGAUUUUUGGAUAAGAGGUUGUUGUUUUUAUGCCCCCGGUAGGUUGGCAUAUAGCAGAUGAAAAGUUCGUAAGUCCGUCUGUCUGUCAGUCAGUCUGUCCGUACGUAAACUUUAACAUUUCCCCUAACUUUUGCAAUAUUAAAGAUAGCAACUUGAUAUUUGGCAUGCAUGUGUAUCUUAUGGAGCUGCACAUUUUGAGUGGUGAAAAGUCAAGGUCAUCCUUAAAGAUCAAAGGUCAAUUGUAUGGCUUCAAAGCAGCGCAGUAGGGGGCAUUAUGUUUCUGACAAACACAUCUUUUGUUUCUAUUAACAUGCUGUGUUUUUUUAAGGGGGGUAAUUUUGAAAUUCAUUUUCAAUUAAGGAGCAUUUGUGUAGGUCUUAAAUUUUUGGUUCAACACAAAAUCCUCCUUUAAAUUUAACAGAUGAUUAAGUCUUUCAAUGAAUGUUCAAAAUAUGACAAUAAUUACAAAAUGUGACAUGUUAAAAAGUAAGCUGAUGUAUUUGUUGUAGUGGUUAUUGGCAUAUUCUUGUAUGAUAUUGUGUUGUCCACUUCAUAUGUAUAUUUUCCACGUUUUAUAUUAGCUAGAAACUAUAUUGUUAUUCUUUGUUGUAAAAUACUAUCAUAGAUGUUAUAGUGCUAUGUAAUCUGUCUUUUUUGUUUUGUGUAUUUCAUAAUUUGUAUUUGGCCAAAGGCAGUUUGCCAGAUUACCCAAAAUAUUUCUUAACUUUGGAUAACAUACAAUAUAUUUUUGUUGAUAUUUUAUGGCCAGGGUAAACUUUACUACCUUAAUUAUACCCCCACAAACGAUGUUUAGGGGGUAUAUAGGAGUGAACUUGUCGGUCGGUCGGUCUGUCGGUCUGUAGUAAGUGUCUCUAAUUCUCUCUAAGCUCUCUAAUUCAAGUAGUUUUCAUCCGAUCUUCACCAAACUUGGUCAGAAGUUGUAUCUACAUGAUGUCUAGGCCAAGUUCGAACAUCGGCCUUGCCGGGUCAAAAACUAGGUCACGGGGUCACUUAGUCCGUUUUAAACAUUCAGCAUGUUGUCCGCUCUCUAAUUCAAGUAGUUUUCAUCCGAUCUUCACCAAACUUGGUCAGAAGUUGUAUCUAGAUGCUCUUAAGGCCAAGUUCGAACAUGGGCUUUGCCGGGUCAAAAACUACGUCACGGGGUCACUUAGUGCGUUUUUUAACAUUCAGCAUGGUGUCCUCUCUCUUAUUCAAGAAGUUUUCAUCCGAUCUUUACCAAACUUGGUCAGAAGUUUAUCUAGAUGAUCUGAAGGCCAAGUUCGAAGAUGGGCCAUGCCAGAACAAAAACUAGGUCACAGGGUCACUUAGUACGUUUUACACAUUGAGCAUGGUGUCCGCUCUCUAUUUCAAGUAGUUUGAAUCCAAUCUUCACCACACUUGGUCAGAAGUUGUAACUAGAUGAUGUGUAGGUCAAGUUCGAACAUGGGCAAUGGCGGGUCAAAAACUAGGUCACGGGGUCACUUAGUGUGUUUUAAACCUCACCAUGUUGUCCGCUCUCUAAUUCAAGUAGUUUUUAUCCAAUCUUCACCAAAAUUGGUCAGAAGUUGUAUCUUGAUAAUGUCUAGUGCAAGUUUGAAUAUGGGUCAUGCCGGGUCAAAAACAAGGUCACGGGGUCACUUAGUGCGUUUUAAACAUCAUUAUGUUGUCCGCUCUCUAAUUCAAUUAAAUUUCAUCCAAUCUUCACCAAACUUGGUCAGAAGUUGUAUCUAGAUGAUUUCUAGGUCAAGUUUGAAUACGGGUCAUGCUGGGUCAAAAACUAGGUCACGGGGUAUCUUAAUGCGUUUUAAACCUCACCAUGUUCUGCACUCUUUAAUUCAAGUAGUUUUCAUCCAAUCCUCACCAAACUUGGUCACAAGUUUUAUCUAAAUGAUCUCUUGGACAAGUUUGAACAUGGGCCAUUCCGGGCCUAAAACUAGGUCACGGGGUCACUAAGUGCAUUUUUAACAUUCAGCAUGGUGUCCGCUCUCUAAUUCAAGUAGUUUACAUCCGAUCUUCACCAAACUUGGUCAGAAGUUUUAUGCAGAUGAUCUUAGGGCCAAGUUAGAACAUGGGCCUUUCUGGGUCAAAAAAUAGGUCAAGGGGUCACUUAGUGCGUUUUAAAAAUUUAGCAUGGUGUCCGCUGUUUUUUGUGAAGACGACAUGCAAAAUAUUAUGUGUCAAUGCGGCAUGUGGGGGUAUUCGUCACGUCUGUGACAAAGCUCUAGUUUUAUUAUAGUUCUAUAAGUAUUUAUUUAUUUAUUUUUUAGUUUGGAAUCUGCUAUACUAGACAAGCUGCCAUAUUGCAUGCAAUCGUCUUACAUGAUAUUAUUACAUGAGUGUAAAACAAAUUAACAGCACUAAUGUUAUCAUAAUUUAAAUAAUUUCAAUCAGAGCAGAUAAAUGACUGAGCAGGUAUUGUUUUAAAAAAAGCAUCUUAAAAAGGGGUUACUUGAUUAAAGAUUAUUGGGAUACAUGCUUUAAAGAACUUCAGUCAAUAAAAUAAAACCUUUUAAACAUCUGUGACAUCAAACUGAAGGGAUUAUUUAUAAUAUCAAGAUAUGAGGAAAUAUUUUGCAAUUUACAUACCCAACUGAAUACAAGUGAAUUCAAAAUUUACGGAUUACAGAUCUUUUUUACUAGAUGUUUCAGAAAUUUCAUUAAAUGCUGAAAUUAAUUUAUUUCACAUUUUCAGUUUUUUACAGAACAAAAUCAAAAAUUAAAGAAAUUAAAUUUAAAAAUAUAGAGAUGCUGAUGACAGAUCUUUAUUACUGGAUGUUUCAGAAAAAGCAUAAAAUGCUAAAACUUGUUUAUUACAAGUUUUGCACUGGAAUGUUUCAUGUCAUGACUUUAAGUUGUUUACUUUCCAGUAUUGUAACCAUCUCUAUACUGAUUGGCCAGUUCACAUACGGUAUCCUUUAACAUUAACCCUUUCUUACUCAGAGGCAAAGUGAAAACGUGCAAACAGCAUAAAACCAGAACAGCCUGCGAGUAACUAGCAAUCUGUUUAGGUUUUAUACUAUUUGCUCAUCAUCAGUAUCUGAGGGUUGGAAAUGAAGCCUUAAAAACUUGAAUCUAGUAAGAAAGGUCUUUAAUUAAAUUUAACUUUAUGAGAGACUACAAAUGCAUGAAAAUAUGUAUGUAAGUGGUAAAGGGUUAAUGGAGUUUUAUCAGAUAAAACCAAACAUACUUUUGCAAAGUCUUCACAAUGAUUUUUAUAUUCCAGUAGCCCUAAUGAUUGUAUACUUAUUGUAACAUGUGUUAUUUUCAUUUGCUGAACUAUAAGCAUAUUCAAAUUUCUAAUCGCAUAAUUACAUUUCACAAGCCCUGAGCUGUCCUAGUUACAUGUAUUACUGAUUAUUCCAUUUAGAAUUCCAUUGUAUAUACCAACUGUCCUCCUGUUGAGAGAAACAAAUAUUUGACUAUAUUAUUAUGGGAUAUGAACAGUUCUUUCCUUAUUUAUCUCUCAUUUAAAUCAAACUCAAUACAAGGUAUUAUGUACUUUAUCAAAUCUGAAAUGUCUAUAGACGUUCUGGUAAUAAUGUUUUUCUCCAAUUUUUUUCUGAUACCCACUGAACAUUUUCCCCCAUAAGAAGCAAAGUGUAAAUGGCUUUUGCAACAAGCAUAAAGCCAGAACAGCCUGCUGGUAAUUUGCAGCUGUUCAGGUUGUAUUCUGUUUGCUGCUCAUCAGUAACUAGGGGUUGGAACUGAAGACAUUAAAACUUUAAUUUAGUAAGAAUGGUAUUCAAUUAAAUGUAACUUUUUAAGGGACUACAAAUGCGUCAAAAUAUGUAUCUAAGUGGUAAAGGGUGUAAGACAUACUUGAUCUCUAAGUGGUAAAAUACAGCACUGCUUGGUAUAGGGGAGGCAACCAAUACUGAAAGGAAAAACAAUGCAAUGUCUGAAACGGGCAAUGAGUCAAACUAGGUGAGGGCGUAUAAAUCAAUAUCUUAUAGGGGAAAACCCACUGUAAGUGUAUAGAGGAAAUAACUCAUUCAAAGAAGUAGGGGUUAAUGUGUUAAAUCUGAUGUACAUGAAUAUAUCUUUUGAAGAGAUCACAAUGUAGGUAUUUGUAUUUCAAUGUAUCCAUAAUACAUAAAUAAUCACUCAACAAUUGUGUUAUCCAUGUGAUUUUAACUUCCAAAUUAAAUUGUUAUAAAGCAUCAACAAUUGCUCAGUCAACUAGUGUGUUAUGCCCCCGGAUCGAAUGAUCUGGGGUAUAUUGUGUUUGGCCUGUCUGUCUGUCAUUGUAUGUGUCACAAAACUUUAACCUUGGUCAUAACUUUUGCAAUAUUGAUGAUAGCAACUUGAUAUUUGGCAUGCAUGUGUAUCUCAUGGAGCUGCACAUUUUGAGUGGUGAAAGGUCAAGGUCAUCCUUCAAGUUCAAAGGUAAAAAAAAAUCAAAGCGGCACAUUAGGGGGCAUUGUGUUUCUGACAAACACAUCUCUUGUUUUUGCAAAUCUUAAAAUACAAUUCUUCAUUUCUUGCCUCUUGUAAAUAUUGUCGAUUCAUGAAGAGUCUGCAUUGGCUGUCCUGUUAGAACAGUAUAGCAGUGGUUGGUACACAUGAUUUGCACUUAGGUGACCUGGGGUCAAUCUCCGCUCCCAGGGUAUGGAAGCUUGGUUGGUUGUAACCAUACCAACAGAUAGUGUUUUUUUUCUGGAUACUCAAUUUAGUGCCCAGAGCAAAAGUCCGCACCAUAUUUGAAUAUAUUUCUGUAAAAAAAACAAGCUAUAAUUCAUAAUUUGUGCCAACUUUUGUGAGUCUAGAAAGUAAAUUGUUGAGGUGUGCUGGUACACACUCUGGGUCCUCACAUUGUGCUGGUGCACACUCUGGGUCCUGACAUUGUGCUGGUACACACUCUGGGUCCUGACAUUGUGCUGGUACACACUCUGGGUCCUGACAUAAUCCAACCUCAGGUGCAGAAUGACAUUUUUAAUUUCCAAAUACACUCGUCGGAAGUUGUUGCAUAAGUUGUUUUGUAUGUCCUUAUAUUUAUAAAUGAGGUUGUUUAAGAACUGGAACCCAGCACAAUGCACAAUAAAAAGUUUUUGAUCCUUUGUAUUAUAUUUGCAAUGUUUGUACUUUGUAAAGUAUUAAUCAAUGUUUAAUCUGUUGCUAUUAUUUGUUUGUAUAUACUGAUGUGCUGUUUUAAGUAACAUUGUAUUUGUUUUGUCUUUUUAUAUUAUCGUCCUUUUGAUUAUUGCUUUAUUUAUGCUCCAUCCUUUUAUAAAUAAAAUUUACUAACAUUGCAUAGAUAUCACAUACAUAUUCUUGGUUACUAUUGCUAGAUUAUUGUUAAUUUAACCACAAACAUCUGAUUUGUUUACUAUAUUUAUGCCCCCCUUUGAAGAAGAGGGGGUAUAUUGUUUUGCACAUGUCAGUCCGUCUGUCUGUCGGUCAGUCUGUCCACCAGAUGGUUUUCGGAUGAUAACUCAAGAACGCCAAGGCCUAGGAUAAUGAAACUUCAUAGGUACAUUGAUCAUGACUGGCAGGUGACCCCUACUGAUUUUCAGGUCACUAGGUCAAAGGUCAAGGUCACAGUGACUCAAAACAGUAAAACGGUGUCCAGAUGAUAACUCAAGAAUGCGUACGCCUAGGUUCAUGAAACUUCAUAGGAACAUUGAAUGGACUGGCAGAUGACCCCUAUUGAUUUUCAGGUCACUUGGUCAAAGGUCAAGGUCACAGUGACUCGAAAUAGUAAAAUGGUUUCCGGAUGAUAACUCAAGAAUGCAUUAGGCCUAGGAUCAUGAAACUUCAUAGGUAAAUUGAUCAUGACUGGCAGAUGACCCAUAUUGAUUUUCAGGUCACCAGGUAAAAGGUCAAGGUCACAGUGACUCGAAACAGUAAAAUGGUUUCCAGAUGAUAACUCAAGAAUGCUUACACCUAGGAUCAUAGAACUUCAUAGGAACAUUGAUCAUGACUGUCAGAUGACCCCUAUUGAUUUUCUGGUCAGUAGGUCAAAGGUCCAGGUCACAGUGACUCGAAACAGUAAAAUGGUUUCCGGAUGAUAACUCAAAAAUGCUUACACCUAGGAUCAUGAAACUUCAUAGGUACAUUGAUAAUGACUGGCAGACGACCCCUAUUAAUUUUCAGGUCAUUAGGUCAAAGGUCAAGGUCACUGUGACAAAAAAUGUAUUCACACAAUGGCUGCCACUAUAACUGACAGCCCAUAUGGGGGGCAUGCAUGUUUUACAAACAGCCCUUGUUUCAUCUGGAUUGAAUAAACAAAAACAUCAUGUGCCCGUGUUUAAAGUUAUUCAAUCUUGAGAUGGACAAAUAUGUCCCCCUUUAUUGAGAAUUCUUUAACCAAAAUGUGUAGAUUUUGUUUGAACCCUUUCCCCCAAUAAGAAGCAAAGUGAAAAUGGCUUUUGCAACCAGUAAAAAACCAGAAAAAAACAUAAAACCAAGUGGUAAAGGGUUAAUUGUUAGGUGUUGUGCUUUGUCUUAAAACAAAACAAUUUAAUACAUCAUGAGUAUACAUUUUGUAAAAUAUGUACUAUUAAUAAGCAUAUGUUAACUAGGCAGCCCUAUUUUAAAAACCAUAUACAAAAUAUAAAACAGAUAAUAACUAAAAUCUGAAUUUCGUACAAUCAAAUGAACUUUUAUAUAAUAAAAUAUUAUCAAUACAAGUGUAAUAUAACAGUAAAAUGCCUUCUGAGAAUGUUCAGACAACAACUUCCACUUAAAUUGUGUAAGUAGAUAUAACCAAAAAAUGUAGCCAUGCCAACUACAUCAAUAUAACAUGUACAAGUAUUCUAUAACAGUUAACUGUCUGUUUGAGAAAGGUAAUACAGAAACUUCGACUUUUAAAUUGUCAUGUUGUAAAAAGAUAUUUCAAUAAAAAAUUGUAAUACCAA